UUGGACGAAGCGUACGAUUUAAUACAAACUAUACAAGGUUUAAAGUUAGAUUCCGACGAGAGCGACGAAGCAAUCGAUCAAUGGACUCAGGAAAGGAAAUUAGAAGUGCAACCCUAUGAAAAUGCGGUCGAAAAGCUCGACGAAAGGCUAAAACAUGUCGAAAGUAUACGCAAGGAAAAGGCUCGUAACGACAAGCUAAACGAGGAAUCUAUUAUUCGAGACUGGAUGAGGCAAGAAGAACAGGAAGCUGAGAACCAAUAA